UAUGAGGCAUUGCAGGUGCUACUCUAAUCUGUGGGUUAAGGUAAUUAUUAUUUUUGUCACUGCUGAGCUUCCAUACAGACAGGAACGCCCAGCGAGCCUUCCGGAGGGAGAGGGAAACAUCUGGAGCAGUGUUGAGUCUGAGUGUUCUGUUGGCUGUCAGGAGAUUCCAGGUGAUUCAGCAGCAUGUUGUCCUUAGCUGCACACUCGCUUCGCCUGGGGACCUUCGGUUGCCAAGGAGGCAGGCGAUCCAUAGCAACGAUCAUCUCUGGAAACGAGACGUCCAAGUUGGUGAGGGAGAGGCUGAAGAAGGAGGUGGAGAAGAUGAAGAGUCAGUUCUCCGGGUUCAGACCCAGUCUGGUGGUUCUACAGGUGGGAGACAGAGACGACUCCAACCUCUACAUCAGCACUAAACUGAAGGCUGCAGCAGAGAUUGGAAUUGAUGCCAAACAUGUGCGGCUGCCGAACAGAGUGACUCAGGAGGAGGUGCUGCGGAGCAUCAUGUCCGUCAAUGAGAACCCGUCAGUCCACGGCCUGAUCGUCCAGCUGCCUCUGGACUCCAUCAACCGCAUCAACACCGAACUCGUAACUAACGCGGUCUCUCCAGAGAAGGACGUAGAUGGUCUGAGUUGUAUUAACGCAGGGAAGCUGUCUCGGGGUGAUCUUAACGACUGUUUUAUCCCCUGCACCCCCAACGGCUGCAUGGAGCUCAUCAGACAGACAGGCGUGUCCGUGGUUGGGAAGCACGCCGUGGUCAUCGGUCGCAGUAAGAUCGUUGGAGCUCCGAUGCACGACCUGCUGCUGUGGAGCCACGCCACUGUGACCACCUGUCACUCAAAGACAGUUGACCUACCUGUGCAGGUGGGCCGGGCUGACAUCCUGGUGGUGGGGGCAGGCAGAGCAGAGAUGGUGCUUGGAGAGUGGGUGAAAGAGGGAGCCGUGGUCAUCGACUGUGGAAUCAAUCACAUCCCAGAUGAGACGAAGGCGAGCGGCAAACGGCUGGUCGGAGACGUUCACUACACCUCAGCCAAUCAGAGAGCGGGAUUCAUCACGCCUGUUCCAGGAGGGGUGGGACCAAUGACGGUAGCCAUGCUGAUGGAGAACACCGUACAGAGCGCUCAGCGGUUCCUGCUGAGGAAUCAGUCUCUCAGGUGAAACACCAAACAGGGUGAACAGAGUCCACAGAUUUCUGGAAGUCUUCCUGAUUCCAUGCGGUGAUUUCCAGUCUGGGUUCAUGUCUGGUUUUAAUGGACUGCUGCCUGAGGACCCCAAAAUCACCAGCAUCCAGUUUGGAGCUUUGGACUUGUCCCUAGCACACAGAGAUUCCUCCUGUUCUCUGAAUUAUGAUGAUUUUAUACACUGUAGAUGCUGGAAUUUUCAAAGUUUUUAACAAUUUUUCAUUGAGGGACAUUUUUUCUGCAAUUUUUAGACCCAGUUUGUCUCAGAUUGGUGAAACUGUCCAUCUGUCCAUCUGAGAGACUCUGCCUCUCUGAAAUGCACCUUAUACCCAGUCAUGUUUCUGACAUGUUCUCAGUUAACCUAAUUAGUUGUCAGAUGCUCCUCCAGUUGUUUUCUUGUGCUGGUUACUUUUCCAGCCUUUUGUUGCUCUUGUUCCAACUUUUUACAUAAAUGUUUGUGCCAUCAGAUUUUC